AUGAAUGCACAUCUUCUGGUCCUUGUUCCUGCCUUUUUUCUAGCUCUGCAGCUACUCCUAUGGCUCAGUCGAGCUCUCUUUUCUCCUCUGAAACACAUUCCUGGUCCAUUCUGGACUCGGUUUACCUCCUUAUGGUACUUUAACCGUGUGCGCCAUGGGCGAUUUGAGCAUGAAAAUAUCAAGCUGCAUCAGCAGUACGGUUCCGUCGUCCGUAUAGCACCCAAUCAGUACAGUAUCAGCGACAUUUCUGCCAUCAAGACGGUUUAUGGAGCCGGCUCGCAGUUCACCAAGUCAGCCUGGUAUGAUGGAUGGAGACAUCCAAAGCUAUGGACCCUAUUUACGGAUCGUGAUAUCAAGCGACACGGCGAGACUCGAAAGCGAUUCACCAACUUGUAUGCCAUGAGCUCGCUUGUUCACUAUGAACCACUCGUGGAUUACUGUGCGGACUUGUUCGUCAAUCGCCUCAACGAAUUCGCUGAAAGCAACGAGACCUUCAAUCUUGGACAUUGGUUUCAAUGUUAUGCUUUUGAUGUAAUUGGAAAUAUCACAUUUGGCGAGCGUUUCGGGUUUUUGGACAGGGGUGAUGAUAUAGACGGUGCUAUUGAUGCCGUCCACAAGGUGACGAUGUAUAGCAGCCUGGUGGGAAUUUAUCCUGAAUGGCAUCCACGUCUGUUUGGCCUGCUCAGCAAUUUUAAAUGGUCCGGUGCUGGCGGAAGAUCCUAUAUCCUCAAAUUCGUACAAGAGAAGAUUCGAAAGCACCAAGAAAAGAAGCCCGAUACUGAAACAGCGGACACUCUUCGAACACAAGACUUUGUGGAAAAAUUGAUGUUGGCACGCGAGAAGAACCCCGAGAAAGUCACAGACUAUCAUCUUCAAAUGAUGGGUCAGUCCAAUGUGGCGGCCGGAUCUGACACCACUGCUAUUAGCUUGUCAAGCAUUAUGUGGCAUCUUUUACAGAAUCCAGAUACUUUGCACAAGCUCGUUGCCGAGAUUGAGAAUUUCACUGCAAGGGGAAACGGGAAGAUCAACUUCAAGGAAAGUCAGGAUAUGCCGUACUUCCAAGCUGUCAUGAAAGAAGCACUCCGGAUGCACAGUGCUACUGGCUUGCCUAUGUGGAGAGUUGUCCCGACCGGAGGUGCUGAGAUUGGCGGGCGGUUCUUCCCCGAGGGCGCUAUUGUGGGUGUCAAUACCUGGGUCGCGCACUAUGACGACCGUGUAUUUCCCAAUGCGAAGGUAUUCUGGCCCGAAAGAUGGUUGGAAGCAGAAAAUGAGCCUGAAAGGUUGAAGGAGAUGAACCAGAUGUAUAUGCCGUUUGGCCUGGGCUCUAGAACGUGCAUUGGCAAGCAUAUCUCGAUUCUUGAAAUGUCAAAGCUGAUCCCGCGCCUUCUUCGGGAUUUCGAGUUCACCCCCUUGAGAAAGAACUGGACUACUCAGAACUUCUGGUUCGUGAAGCCCACGGACUUUGAGGUCCAGGUAAAGAGACGGACCAAAGAGGUGUUGGGGUGA